AUGCAUAAUAAGAUGAUGUACUGUAUGCUCUUUGCUAGUUUACUUCUCAUAGGAUUCAGUGAAUCGCACACCGUUCAAGCAACAACAUCUAUAAAUCAAACUUGUCUCAAUUUUGGUCAUCAAAAUAAUUGUCAAUUUUAUAAAUGUUUUGAGGAGCGUUUUCCUUGUGGGCCAAAUUAUUGGAUGUCAAAAUGGGGUCAUAAAUAUUGUACGCGUAUGAGAAAAUCUUUGUCAAACUUUGAUAGAAAUGGUCAAGAAUUAAUCAAACAAAUAUCUACAUGUUUAACAAAUAAACUAAUCAAACAACGCUAUUACACAAUGAAUGUUAUUAAUUGUGAAAAUUUACGUUUAGCUGGACAAAGAAUUGUACAUGAAUGUUAUAUUACAAGCGCAGAAUUAUUUUGUAACGCAUUUAAAGGAAAAAAUCGUAAUUGUUUUAAUCAAUUAAUUGAUAAUGAAGAUAGACAAGAUUUAACUCUCAUACGUACAUUAUUAGCAGUCGGUCAGAGAUGUACACCAAAAAAAGGACUUGCUGAUAUGAGACCAAAUGGUAAAAUGGAUACGUGUAUACCUACAUCUAAGCAGUAA